UCAUUCUGGAACAGAGCCCAUUCCGAUAGCAGCAGAGAGAGUGUGGGGCAGCUGGGGGCUGUGGUCUGGACGGAGUAGGACGGUGCGGUUGGGAGAAAAUUAGAACUCAUGGCUGGGAUGUUACAAUUCUCAUCGCGGAGUUUACCGCGGAAUGUUGUAAGAUUCACAUCAAGAAUUUGGGAAUUAGAAAAUUCCCAGAUUACUGUGAAAACAAGAUCAUAUCAACAAGGGCGUGCAUUUCGAAGUUGGAUUUGUCGAUUAGGUAGCAAUGCCGGAGGAAAACGUUUUCAACUUGAACAAGAUAUUCAAAAUCAUCAUCUUCGCAUUCAGCAUUUUCGGUCAUCUGCCAUUUUAUGUGAAGAAAUAAAAAUAGUGACUGUACCACCUUUUGCAGAAUCUGUAUCUGAAGGUGAUGUGAGGUGGGAGAAAGCUGUGGGAGAUGCUGUGGCAGAAGAUGAAGUCGUCUUAGAAAUAGAAACAGAUAAGACAUCAGUGCCUGUUCCAUCGCCAGCAUCUGGAAUAAUUGAAGAACGUUAUGUUGAGGAUGGAACCACGGUCAAAGCAGGACAGCAGUUAUUUAAGCUUAAGGUUACUGGAGCUGCCCCAGCAAAGGCUAAAGCCGCUCCCCAACCAGCUGCUGAAGCUCCAGCUGCAGCAGCACCCUCGCCGCCACCUGCCGCAGCUGCUCCGCCCCCUACUCCUGCAGCUGCACCACCACCACCUCCACCACCACCACCACGACCAGCUCAAGCUGCUGCCCCGAUGGCAUCCAUUCCUGUUGCUGCAAUACGACAUGCUCAGGCUAUUGAAGCUGCUACAGUGAAAGUACCUCCUGCUGAUCCAACGAAAGAGAUAUCUGGAACUCGUUCUGAGCAACGAGUUAAAAUGAAUCGCAUGAGACAGCGAAUAGCGCAGAGAUUGAAAGAGGCCCAAAAUACUAACGCAAUGCUGACAACUUUCAAUGAAAUUGAUAUGAGUCAUAUUAUGGACUUUAGGAAACAACAUUUAGAAGCAUUCCAAAAGAAAUACAACAUGAAGUUUGGUUUCAUGUCUGCUUUUGUCAAAGCUUCAGCAUUUGCUUUACAAGAUCAACCUGUAGUAAAUGCAGUCAUUGAUGGAACUGAUAUUGUGUACCGUGAUUACAUAGAUAUUUCAGUAGCUGUGGCCACACCUAAGGGCUUGGUGGUACCAGUUCUACGUAAUGUUGAAGGCAUGAACUUUGCAGACAUUGAACUAGGUAUUGCUGCUUUAGGAGAAAAAGCUCGUAAAGGCGCUCUAGCUGUUGAAGAUAUGGAUGGUGGAACUUUCACCAUCAGCAAUGGAGGAGUAUUUGGGUCUCUCAUGGGAACACCUAUUAUUAAUCCUCCACAGUCAGCAAUUCUUGGAAUGCAUGGGAUAUUUGAUAGACCAAUUGCAGUGAAAGGACAGGUUGUCAUCAGACCCAUGAUGUAUGUUGCUUUAACUUACGAUCAUCGUUUGAUUGAUGGACGUGAAGCUGUUCUUUUCCUGCGCAAAGUCAAAGCUGCUGUUGAAGACCCACGUAUUAUGUUCCUAGGACUCUAAUUGAGCCCAGGAAGUGUGAAAACAACCAAAUACAUUACAAACAAAUGGUGGUUUGUGGUUUGUGAGAAAACAAGCUGUUGGCAUCAUGGUGUGUGUAGGAUAAAGGAAAAUGAAAACCAAUAGUGAAAUUUAGUAAUUCAUAUUUAAAGAUGUGUUUUUGUUGAGAAUUAUACUAGAAAUCAAAAUUCUGGUGUGGUAUAAAGUAAACAGGCAUUAUUAUUUCUUUUAAUGUUGAAUUUCUGAUAGUAUUGCUACCAUAGGCCUGGCUGCUCUACAUUCAGCUUUGAGCAGUUAUUUGUACAAUUAUUAUUUCAAUUAAAAAUUAAAAGAUGUUUUAAAAAACGUCUGACCAUUUUCAAUUUGAAAGAAAGUUUUUUUCAUUUUUCCUUCUCUACUGGUUUAAUUUGUCUGGAAAUUGGGACUGGUAACUUUCAGUAAUAUGGGGACAUGCUGCUUUUUUAAUUAAAUGGUGAUUAUAAGAACUUAUGAAUUGUUUACAUAGUAGUGGUAGAAGACAUAAUCCUAAAAAGCAGCAACCAAUAAUAAUUUUAAUGGAUCUUACAACUUUCUAGAUGGCUUGGUAUAAUAGUACUUGCAGAAAAACUGAGUACUUGCAAUGUUCAUUUUAGACUAAAUUGGCUUGAAACCAGAAUUCUGACUGGAAUGGUCUUGCAAGAAUAUAUUCUUGUGAAUUAACCUUCUCUGAAUUUUGAAGCUACAUACUAAAUGGGAUUAAUUAUUACUUAUUAUUAUAUACUCUAUUCACUUUAAAAAAAUAGUAUUAUUAGUUGAGUCUAAAAUACUGUUGGUUCCUUCAACUAAGUACAGUAUGAAAAAAUUGUGACAAUUUCACUUUCUCUUAAUUGUCGUCUGUUGAUGUGAUAAAAAAACAACAUAGUGUGCACUCCAUCCAUUCAUUAAAUUUGUGUAAGUUAAUUUAUUUAUCACUGAUUUUGUCAGUAAUUCGAGGUUGUGAUAGAAGUAGAUUAUAGUUUUGAGCUUCGCACCAGCAAAGAAACAAAGAGAAUUUUAAUUCUGUUGGGUUUAAUUGAAUGUCAUAUUUAAAUAUUGCAUAUAAUAUAUAGAAUACUUGAUAAAUUAUUUUAAACUAACAUGAAAUAAAAAUGUGUAAAUAUUUACCUAAACAAUUUUUUUAUAGAUAUAUAAUGUCAUUUGAAUACAAAUUGAAUGUGCAAGCAUACUAAUAGUAUUUUGUUCUCAGUCAUAAUGCACAUCGUAGAUUUUCCAUAAAAACAAGCAAUUAGAUUUAAUUUUAUGAAGAAAAUGUAUUUUCAUUUGCUGAUCAAGAGUGGCCACAAUUGUACCUCCCGUUUUGCUGAUUUUAUUUCUUAUCCAACUCUGUUACAUAAGCAUACACACUUAUAUUAGACAUUGUUUGAAGUCAGAGUACUUAAAUUUUCAAGUUUCAGUGAAAUGAACUUCAGUAAGAAUAAAUGAAUAAGUCAAAGUAACUCGUGUCCUUUCAAAGAGAUUCAAAAUUGUUCUAUGGAUACUGUAGUGAACACUUCUACUGCUACUAUACUUCAAUACUGUGAUGCAAAGAGGGGAACAACUAAAAAAGAAAACUGAAAGAUUUGUUAAAGCAAGUUCAAACUAUGUGUACUACAAAAUUUCAUGAUUACCUUUAAUCUUUUAUUUUUACUUUAAUAUGUGAAAAAACAUUAAUAAUGAAAUGUAACUACACCAAUACAAGUUUUUAUUCCUAAAACUGUUGUAUAUAUCAGCUGUAAAAUAAACUCUGUACCACAAAAAGAAAUGUUAGUCUAUUUUGUUCUUAGUUUUGUCAUUUAUUUUGUAAAGGAGUAAAAUAUAUUGGCCUUGAUUGUGAAUCAUAAAUGUGGAGGAUAAUGUCAUUUUGUGAUAUGUAAAAAAAUUAGAAAUCUUCACAUAAUUAGAGUAUUGUUCAAAUAUCUUACAUUGGUAUGAGAUUGUGAGAAGGAAGGAUGAAACCUUGAGGAUUUUCCCUAAAUAUCUUGUUAGGAAGAAUAAGGGGUCAUUGUAUAUUCACAGAAUAAUCAUAGUCUGUUAGAAUUGAUGUCUACAUUUACCUUCCUGUAUCACAAAACUCGUAAAUGUUCACGAAAGAAUAAGCUGUGACAACGAUAAAAUAUCACGCAAGCAUGCGUGUGUGUAUGUGAGAUUACUGGGUCAAUCUUUAACCA